UCUGCUCGGGUCAGUUGAAGUAGAAGUUCACAGUCCGCCAGGCUCAAAAGCAAAAAUGCAACAAUUCUCCCUUCUAGUGUGCUUGUCGUGCGUGGUGCUCGUCGCCGCAGCUCCGCAGGGCUACAAGUAUCAGCAGCCAGCUCUUCAGGCGGGCAAUCUGCGUCCGCAGACGCCGCUCUCGGCAAGUGGAAUAUACAAUGUGCCCGCCCAGCAGCCCGUCUUCAAUAAUGUUGUGGAGGCACCGUUGCCACAGCCUCUGCCGCAGGCCCAGCAGGUUGUCUAUCAGCAGCCGCAGCCCCAGAUUCAGCAGCAAUUCGUGCCUUCUCCGCCCCAGCAGCAGUUUGUGCCCCAGAUUCAGUCGCAGCCCCAGAUCCAGCAGCAGUUCGUGCAGUCACAGUAUCAGGCGCAGCGUCCCUCGAUCGUGACCAAGGAUAUUUACAUACACUCGGCGCCCGAUGACACCGAGGAGCUGCAGUCGGCGCCUCAGUUGGAUAACACGCCCAUUCGCAAGAACUAUCGCAUUGUGUUCAUCAAGGCGCCCACACAGAAUCUGAAGCACACCGCUGCCGCGCUGAAGCGCGCCCAGGCCAGCAACGAGGAGAAGACUGUCAUCUAUGUGCUGUCUAAGAAGCCCGACAUCAACGAGAUUCACCAGCACCUGCAGCUGACCCAGAACGAACCGAAGGUGCACAAGCCCGAGGUCUACUUCAUCAAGUACAAGACCACGGAGGAGGCACAGCGCGCCCAGCAGGAGAUCCAGGCCCAGUACGAUGCUCUGGGCGGUGCCACACACAUCUCGGACGAGGGUGUCGCGCCUAUUAGCAGCUUCUCCGGCUCCGGCUCUCUCAACCUGGGCAACAUUGUGCCGCAGCACAUCCAGCAGCAGGCCCAGUCCCAGGCCCAGAGCGUGGGCAUCCAGCAGCAGAACUUCCAGAGCGGCAACUACCAGAGCGGCAACUUCCAGAGCGGCGGCUUCCAGAGCUCCGGCGGCUUCCAGAGCUCCGGUCUGCAGACCUCCUCCGUCUCUUCCGGCGCCAACUUUGGCGUCAAUGUCCCCUCCAAGCGCUACAUUCCAGCCAAGACAAAAUAAGGCGAAUUUCCACCGCAUUUCUUUCAUUCAAUUCCAACAAUCGCCGCAUUUUAGUUUAUUUUAAUUUAUUGU